GCCCCGGACACGUAGCCGCCAUACGUCGCUGGCGGGCUCUUUGUUCUUCUCGUGUGCAGCAGAGCAUCUGGACACGCAGCAGGUGGAGACAAGUGUGUGCCACAAGACGCAACACCCAACAGUGCGCUGGACCCGAGACCGACACCGACACCAACACAGUGCCGCUCUAGCCCCCGAGGCCGCCCCCACCACCGACCGACACACACCAUGAAGAAGUUUCUCGGAUUGAAGGAGAAGGACAAGGACAGAGAGAAGGACAGGGACAGGGACAGGGAGAGCAGCUCCCGGAGGAAGCAGUACCUGAACUACCACUCGCCGCACAAUGCGUCGCCGGCACACUCCCAUGCUCAGUCCCACGCCCAACCGCAGCCGUCCUCGACGUCUCCGUCGCAGCCACAUCCACACGCUCAAUCGCAGGCACAGAAGAAGCCUGCGACGCAGUACCGACCAGGACACCCGCUCCAUCAGCAGCAGCAGCAGCAGCAGCAGCAGCCUGCGCUGCCAACCCAGCUUCACCACAACGCUGCAGGCAGUAGCUCUCGAUCCUCGAUCGACAACCCGCUGAUAAGCCGCAGCUCCACCCUUUCCAACCUCAACAACAGCGUCCACUCCCUCGGCACCCAUCCUCAGACCUAUGCUCACGGCUCGCAAGGCCCUUCCAGGACACCUUCGUUCCAUGGCUCGGUGAAGUCUUCUCAGAGCUCGUCGAACUUGGCUUCAACGUCAGCGUCUAUGCACCACCAAUUUCAGGCUCCAUCUAAGGGCCAACCAGCAGCGCCAGCAGCGGUACCAUCAGCAGCCUCCGACCACCCAAUUUCUUUUCUAUCCUCUCCAUCCAUUGGCAAAGGCUCUCCCCUGGCUGCAGACACCUUUCUCCAACCAUCCAGCAUUCCUGACCCAAUCAACCUCGACGAUGCGUUAAAUGAUACCUUCAAUGAAAACGACCUUGCUGCAGACACGACUAUGGAAGCCAUCGAAAAGACAACGAACCUAUCCGCCUUUCCCAGCUCCAGCUCAAGCUCUGCAAAUCCUAUUCCGUCAUCCCCCGAGCUCGAGAAAACGACCUCCUCGACUGACAAUUCCGGAUUUGAUAACUCGAAGCUGCAUUCCCAACCCCAGCUACAACCCCAACCUCAAAGAAGAGAGUCUGUUCACUCUGUCGCAACAACUACUGCAACCUUAGUACCAGACUCGAGUAGGAAGCUGCAAGGUGAAAUCAAGAGAACAGGCCGUGGCGUUCUUCCCAAAGUCCUCUCGAGCAAUCGCUCUAACUAUGCUCCUUCCGUAUACAGUGUCGACCAAUCCUUCAUUUCUUCCGCAAGAUCAACGGUUUUUAAUUCUGGAAUCUCAACAAAUACAGCUUUUAGUAGCAGCAACCAGUCAAACGUGAAAAACUCCUCCUCAGGUCAAUAUAACAUUUCCUCUUUGGUUAAGCCUGAAUGGGACAAUUCAUCUAAAAAGUCAAGUUGGGCGAACCGUAUUUUAGAUCCGAACGAUUCUCGCUUAUUCCGUUUGGAAUUGAAAGGUUCUUAUCUUCUUGUCCACAAACCGCCUGCUGAGCUUUCCUUUGCUAAAAGUAUGAAUGUAAAAGUCAGUCAACAGUCGUCAGGCUCCGGCAUGGGAAUGAUUCUUGAUAAUGAAUUUGUCAAAAGUAAAACAGAUGUGAUCUCUUCAAGUCAGCCAAUCCAUAAAACUGAGUCCAACGUAGAAACUGAAGAUGCCCCAUUAGACGGACAAGUCAAAGCUGAGGCUGAAAACGAAGUGCCGGUUACUAUGAACCCGCUUGUUCAAAGUGAUUCGAUGCUUUUAUCAAUGGCAAUUGAUGAAUAUGAAUCGGCUCCUGGUUUAGGAGACGCUAAAAAGCUCUACGACAGUAGUAGAAAUACUAAUACUGAACUUAAUGAUUUGGUUUUGGAUGCAGAUAGAGAAGCAUUUGAUAACUAUAACAAGCUACUCGGUGCACGUUCGGUAGAAAUGAGCCAAAGACCAUCCAUGAAGCCAUCCUCACAAGGGAGCAAACAUUUACCUUUGAUCAUUCAUGAUUUAUACUAUCAAUCUCCUUCUUGUCCACACCCAAAACUAGUAUUUGAUAUGACGUCAGGGCUCAUAUUAAGAGGUACACUAGAGGCUAUGUGCCAUACCAUUCUGUUUUACCCUUCAGAUAGGAUGGCUGAAAAACUGGUUGAAAUUUUACCGCUAGUGAGUAGCUUGAGCGAACCUUUAGUUUAUUUCCUCAAGUACUUGGAACAUUUCACGGAUGCAGAAGUACUGAAGAAAAAAUCAAUCAUCAUGACGGAUAUGGAAACUGGUAUUCUCCUCAAUAGAGUCAAAAGAAUAAUUGAAAUAACGCUGGAAAAAUUCAAUGGAACUUUGUUAGACGAUGAGAUUUUCAACUUACUUGGCAACCUAGUAAAUCUGUUAUCAAGAAAAUCAGGUAAAUAUUUGAGAGAGAGCGAUGUGAAGCAAAUAUCUGAAAAAUUGAUAGCCCAUCGUGCUUCUUUACUGAGAUUAAUUUCUUUUGAAAAAGUUUCAACAUCAGGUAAUAUCUUAGCACCUAUUGAAAUCCUACAGGUUUCUCAAACUGACCUAAUAUCUGGUGAAAAGUUUAUUAUGUUGUCAACUGAAUCAUUAGCUCAUGAAAUUCAUGCAAUUGAUGCCCAUUUCAUGAAAUAUUGGUCCCCAAGAUCAGACCGUUCAACUAUAUUCUCUCGCUUAGAGACUAUCGAAGCUUCAUUUGAGUACUGGCGUUUCAAUCCUUUGCAAUUUAUUCCACCUAUCCAUACACAUUAUUUAGGCAGGUUAUUAGCUUUCCACUUGUUUGAAGAUAAAAGCACUUCAGUUUCUCCAGAAAAGAGAUCUCAUGUUCUAAUGAAAUGGAUUCACUUGGGCUCAACAUUAUGUGAACAAGGUGACAUGGUAUCUUGGUUAGGAAUCGCUAUAAUGGUUUGUUCCCAGCCAGUUUUGAGAUUAAGUGAAACCUGGGGACACGUUGAAAGGUCCUAUCUACAAACAAUUAAAAAGAAAUGGGCACCUGUAGUUUUUGAGGUUCGCAAAAAUGAACUUUUUGGCUCUAAGGAUCCUCUGGAUAAGCAAAAUCAUUCCCAAACACACGGCAGCGAGUUACCAGUUUCAGAUUCUCUGAAGAAUGAAACCAACUCUAACAUAAGAAUUAUGAUUACCAAUAGAGUUGGAGAGCUAUAUGCGAAAGAAGAUGCUAUUCCUCAUUUUGGUGAACUGUUUACCGCUGAUACAGCAGACUUUAGAAAUGAGCAGUUACCUUCUUUUGAAACCCAUGCCUCAAAUGGCAGCUCAGAACCAUUUGAUCUGUUCAAGACUGACUUCAUCAAAAACUAUUGCUCUUACCUGGAAGUCGUUGGAUGGAAUCUGAAACAAUGGGAUAACUAUUAUGAUACUAUAACCAAUAAACCUGGAGUAAAAUCCAAAUUCUUAGGCAAGUCGGAAUCGAGCAAUGAUCCUUCAAUAAUAGAUGGCUGUAAAGAUAAAUCACUCUCAAACAUCUUGAAAACAGCAAUCACUUACAAUGCUUCAGAAGGUCCGUUCUCAUUGAACUAUUUUAUGGGUUUAUCUGUUCAAGCUGAGCCUCCAUAUGUUGGUCAAUUCGCCCGCUUUCAUGGUACAUCCAGAAGUCCUUUGUUUUUAGGCUCUUACGCGUCUAUUUUAUUCCCUGAGGUACUACCUUACUACGGAAUUUAUGAUCGUAGAGAAUUGAUUGGCGCCAUUGGUGGGGCUAAUAUAAUCGAGCUAAAUGAGACAGGAAAACACAAGAACAGAAACCUGUCGUUGAAACAUGUGAGAGACCUUUUCAAUGCAGGCAGCGAGGAGUUCCGUCUUGAAGACGACUCGAUUAUUUUCAAAACAACCGAACUCGUUAACGAGGCCUCUUCCAAAACGACAGAAGAAGAGCCAAACAAAAGAUCAAGGCCUUCAAGUGUACUUUUCGAAAAUCCAAGUCAUCAUAAACAUAUGAGUACCCUGUCUCAUGAAAGUUUUAGCCUAGAAGACUACAUCACUUCUUAUCAAACUUACUUGAAGGAUGCCAUCAAUGAAUCAACUUCAUCUAGGGCUGCUGCUGAAGAUUCAACCCUAACUUCGUCGAUGAAUAAGCUUAACACUGAUAGCAAAGAGGGGGAAUCAAAAAAUGUCUCUAAUUCGCCUAAGAGCGCUAGCAGUGUUGACAUUGUUGCCACAGCUGCAUCUACAGAAAGAUUAGUAGAUCUUCUUGUUCUUACGGCGUCGGUUUUUGGCACCCAUAUCCGAUUAGAAGAUAUAAAGAAAUACUCCAGAAAAACUGAAAAUGAGGGUCCGAUAUUAUUACAAAUGGAUGACUCUGCUUUCACUUGCACUUUUUUUGCAACUUAUAGAGUGUUUUACACCACCAGACAGUUAAUUGACUCUUUGCAUAAAAGAUUUGAUGGCUCAAAAAGUGCUGCUCUAUCAAUUGCUAAGUUUAUGAACAAUCAUUCCUCAAUGACUGAUAGGGGUGAUUUAUUUCCUCAGUGGCACGAUGAAAUAACCGAUGAUAAUGAGACAUGGAGUAAAAUCAACUGGAAAUUCGUUGUUCAAAUUCAACUUGGGGUAAUUGAAGCCACACUCAUUCUGGCCAAUGACUAUUUUAGACAUUUCAUGGAUGAUAUUCCUACUAAAGCUGCGUUUGAUACAUUUUUAGAGAUGAUGGAUGUUGCAAUUGUUUCUGAAUGGCCAAAAAUCCUGAAAUGGUUGAAGGUCAAUUCAACGCCUGAAAUUGUUUCUGGAGUGCUUGAUGUUUACAAGUCAUUGCAAAGUGCUUAUAAACAGGUCCGCAAUAUUUGUAUCAGAAAAUCAUACACUCCCCAAUGCGGAUUAGUGGAACUGAGUUUCACUGAUGAAUUGACAAACAUUCCUGAAUAUAUGAAACUACCUCCUUCAACUGAUAUAGAUGAGAUCUCAAUAUUUAUCAAUAAACUCGACGAUACAAUUGCAUGUGUGAUGAAUCCUAUAAGAUCUGAGGACUGGAUUGAUACUUUUGAGAUAAUACAGAUGCUAAUCACUAGAUCCCCAUUGGCUAUGUUUAAUUAUAAUUAUCAAGACCCCUCAACUCACCCAGACCUAAUUUUAGUUUCUAACAUUUAUAAUUGGAUUAUGACAUUGAGUGACAAUGAAAACAUUAGCAAAGAUCCUUCUGAUAAGCUAAUCAACAACCUACCUCCAAGUAUUAGGUCUGUAUUCAAACUUUACGAAAGAAUCCAAAAUUAUUUAUUGAUGCAAAUUGUGGAUCUUGAAUGCAAUCUUGAUGAAAGGAUAGAACGUAUGUCCACCCUUCUGAAGAUUAUUCAGAUAUGUCAUGCAAGAAUGAAAAAUGUCAAGCUUUUUGAUGAAGUUGAUAAUACCUCUAAGAUUGAAACUUCACCUUACGUGCCAAGUUUUAUUGAAUCUGUUGUGGUAAACACAAUCAUGUUACCUGAAUCAAGAUUCUUUUCCCAUUCUUGGAGGCUUGCUGCAGAAGUAUGGAAGGCUGACACCGAUGAGGAGUGGAGUUGUGAUAAGCUAGCAGAUAUGCUUCCAAAAUUAAGUCAAUAUGAAUCUGCGACUAUUCAGCCGGAAGCUCUGUCCAUUUGCCCGGGGUGGAUUUUAAGCCGACUUGUUGAGCUUGCCUGUUUUGUCCCUAAUAUGGACAUCGACAAUACAGCUUUGAUCAAUUUCAAUAAAAACAGAUUUGUUUACAAUUGUGUCCUGAAGAUUCAUGGUUUGCAGUCAAAGUCAAAAAAGACUGGCUCACCAUAUAUGAGCGAGUUUUCGUUCUUGUUUGAGUUCCAAGGUUUAAUUCCUAGUUUGAAAGCCAUGUAUCAGCGUUCUUCCCAUGAACGGAGCGUUGAAAAAUUGGAGAAAUGCGCUGUAUUCAGCUCUCAUGUUAAAGAGCAAAUUCAGUUAAUCAAGCUAGAACAAAAUAAGCGUGAACUAUUGGUAAGACAACUGGAAAAACAGAACUUGACUACUGUCAAUAAGCAUAUUUCUCAGCAAGUAGAACCAUUAGCUGCCGAGAAUGAUGAUGCUAGUAUUGCAACUAGUACAAUUACGAAUAGUCAAAGCUUUGUUGCCAACUCCAGUAUGUUGGACAACGUUAGUACAUACACAGAUGGUGAUGCGGCUUCUAUCGUAGAUACUACUUCCUCGACAGCUCUUAAUACUGUCGAUCCUAAUCAAUCAAUUGCGUCUAAUCAAUCAGGCCACUCGACUCCAUCAUCAGCCACUCUUACUCGUGCUUCAAACUCAAGGGGCCAAAAAUUAACCUUGCAGCAGCAACAGCAACAGCAGCAACACUCAAACUCGUCUUCCAGUAAAUUCAAAUUUGGUUUCUUCAAAUCUCGUCCAUUUUCCUUGAAUAUUAAUAAUUUUAACCAACCUGUUACUCAAAAGAAAAAUGUUGAGUUGAAUGAAUUGCCAAGUGCGUCUAUUCUUGGCUCGAAACAAAAACCAUAUUUGACUAUAAUGCUCAAGGAUGUUUCGAUAUUCCCAACUUAUCGUACUCCAAACAGUUUCACAAUAGAUAUUGGCUCAUCAUCGAGCAACCACGAAUACACGUUUCAAACUAAUGAUGAACAGGAAGCCGGUGAUUGGAUCUACCAGUUGCUGUAUGCAAAGAAGCACUGGUUUUACUCUCGGAUUUUGAAUAAGCAGUAUGCUCACAGCAAUGUUAAGCUUACUUUUGGUGCCCCCUUGGUUUUCGUUUGUGAGAGGGAUAGUUCACCAAUCCCUUUGAUAGUCGAGAAGAUUUUAUGCGAGAUCGAAUUCCGUGGUCUAGAGGAAGUUGGUAUUUAUCGUAAAAGUGCUUCACUUAGUGUCGUUCAGCAAAUCAAAGACGAAGUCAACAAGAUGGGAGAUUUUAACAUGGAAAACUCAUUAGUUUUUGAUAUCCAUAAUUUGACUGGUUGCAUUAAAGCAUAUUUGCGUGAGCUACCUGAACCAUUAAUUGGCGACGAUUUGGUGAAAGAAAUAUCGAAAGUACGUGAGGUUGCACAAGACGAGGCUAGAUUUGAGAUUUACAAAACCGUGCUUCCUAAAUUACCGAUUUACAACUACAAUCUGAUUGAGCGUUUGUCUAGACAUAUGAGGAUGAUUGAAGAGUACAAGUCUCAGAAUAGAAUGACUAGCUACAAUUUGGCCACAAUCAUGGGUGGUAGUUUGGUUGAGGGAUGUCGUCCGGAAACUAUGCGUGAAGCUUUUGGAUUGAUGAAUUUUAUUUGUGAAGACUGGAUCUUACACUAUGAGCGUGUUUUUCAAUAAGCAUCCUCAACGUUGAACAAUUAUUUAUGUAUUUUAAUUACUGCUUUGUAAAGCUAUCUUAAGUAAUUCAUAUCUAAAAACAAUUACUUUUCAAGUGCAGGG